AUGGCGGCGCCGAAGGUGAAGCAGGACAUGGCCCCGCCGGGCGGGUACGGCCCCAUCGACUACAAGCGGCACCUCCCGCGCAGGGGCCUCUCAGGGUACAGCCUGUUCGCCAUCGGCGUCGGGAGCCUCUUGCUGGGCUAUUACACCCUCAUCAAGUGGAACCGCGAGCGCAGCCCCACGAGCCCGGGGGCGCUGCCAGGGCCGUGCCUCGCACGGAUCCAGCCCCCCCGCCCGCGGGGUUGGGCCCCCAAACGUGCCAGCCGAGCCUGUCCCCCUCCCCGAGCCACGGGCCGUGCCCACCCCGAGCCCUACGAGCCCCCAGCCCGCUCACUCAGUGCCCCGAGACCCCCAGCCCAGCGCCCUGGGGAUGGAGCGGGGUCCCAAAUCCUUCCCGUGGGUGGUGGGGGGCACCCCUGUCCCCCCCGUGCUCACUGGUGCCCUCUCCCCCUCCCCAGCAAGGCAGAGGCCGAGGCCAUCGAGAAGGAGCUGCUGGAGGAUUAUCGGUUUGGGAGGCAGCAGCUCAUCGAGAUCUGGGGACACGCCUGUGCCGUGGCUGUCACCAAGGCGUUCCCGCUGCCCUCGCUGCCCCGGAAGCAGCCCACGGUUCUGGUGGUGUGCGGGCCGGCGCAGAACGGGGCUAUCGGGCUGGUGUGUGCCCGGCACCUCCGCAGCUUUGACUACGAGCCCACCAUCUUCUACCCCAAGCGCUCCCCGGACCCCCUGUACCGGGAUUUCACGACACAGUGUGAGAAGAUGGACAUCCCCUUCCUCUCCUACCUGCCCACCGAGGUGCAGCUGAUCAACGACGCCUACAACGCCGUGGUGGACGCCGUGCUGGGAGCCGAGGCGGAGGCGGGCGAGGGGAGGGAGCCCUGCGCCGCCAUCCUGGCCACCCUCAAGCACAUCCGCAUCCCCAUCGUCAGCCUGGAUGUGCCCUCAGGGUGGGACGCAGAGUCCGGGGGCAGCGGUGGGAUCAGCCCCGACGUCCUGGUGUCCCUGGCGGCCCCCAAGGAAUGUGCCCGGCGCUUCCUGGGCCGCCAGCACUUCGUGGCCGGGCGGUUCCUGCCCUACGACGUCCAGAAGAAGUUCGAGCUCAACCCCCCCGAGUACCCUGGCACCGAGUGCGUGGUGGCCCUGUGA